UAUUUUGUGUUGGUUUAUAACCCCAAGUUAAACAGACAUUUGAACAAUAAGUCUGCCCGCAGUUCGAUUUAAUAAAGUCGUUAAGGAGAAACAAGACGAAAAACAUGAAAACAAUGAACAUAAACAUAAUUUCUGCAAUGGAGUUUCUUGAAAAAUGUUCUGCGUCUCCUUGCACCGUAGCCCCAAUGUUCCCUAUGAAUCGAUGUAUUGUUUCUUUUAACGGAUUGAUUUUCCGUUCCCAUGGAUACUAGUUUUUGUUAUUUUCAUUGAGCAGAAUUCCAUCCAAACGACAAGAUGUCUUAUCCUUGUGCUGUCUUCCCGGAAGAGGUAGAUUAUUUCGUUGAAAGUCUGCGACGUUAUCAGGUUGUGGAUAUCGGAAGUGAAAGCUGGUUCGCACAGAAUGAAGCCAUCUUGAAGUUGACCCAACAGGCAUUCAUCGAAGCGAGUACUAAGCAGGAGGAAAUAAUAAAAGAAAAAAUUUUAAUCGAAGCAAAGCUUCCUGUAAUAGUGCAUGAGUUGUACUGCAUUUUGAUUUGGAGGGUUAAAAUUUUACCCCAUCUUAUUGAUACGAAAGAUUUGCAAACUUCGUUUGUGCUCUAUAGUGUUCUGUACUAUGAAGUGAAUGUGGUUGCUCUACUGGAAACCCUCCUGUUCCAUCAGAGCUGUUGUGAAGGACUUGGUGAUACGACUUUAGAUCUGAUUGAUUAUUGUGCUCAAGCUUUAGGGCUCUUGGUCGGAGCUGCUAAUAACAAGCAUCAAGAUAUUGACGAUCCAAAGGAGCUACUAAAAGAACCAUCAGCAGAUGAAAUUGAGCGACUGAAACGGGAUAUGGAAUUCAAAGUAGGACUAAAAUGUGUUACAAUGUUAAGCUACUUGGUUAACAACUUGGCCGUACUUCCACUGAGUGCCGUAAAUCGUGUUCUAAAAACCCAUGAUGUACCAUGCUUGAUAGCAGAACUUUUACAUGCCAAACCAUGGCUGAGAAAAACUCGUGCCGGCUUUGAAAAAUUUCUAGAAGGACGCUGGACACCGGUUUACGGUGAAGAUGUCUUAAAUGUGACAAAAGAUGAAGCGCAGGCAUGGUUUUGUUUGUACGCAAUACUGUUUCACGAAGAAGCCAUGCGAAGUUAUGAAGCUACUAAUUUCCGAAGAAAGGAGAUUGGAAAGUGUAUCGGUUUGCUAAAUGACCAUGUUUUAGAUCAAGUUCCAGCACUGGCUCAGUUGAAACAGUAUCUGUGCACAUUUCAAAUGGGCAGCGGAUCGACUGGAAAACAGCAAGAUAAAUUUAUGCUAGACGAAAUACCACAAAUUAAGGAUAAACUUGUAGCGAAUGCUAAAAAAUAUGGAUAUGAGAAGAUUAUACAGAAGCACAAAGAGAUAUUUGUCGACUUAUCGCAAGAGGAAAUUGAAAAUAUGGCCAAAAAAUUAGCCGCAUCGUACAACACAGAUAUAUUGGAAAAAUUCACAGAACUAGACCGAAGAAACGCUCAGAAGAUGUGCUUCACAUGCGGGAAACUAUCCGAGAAAAAAUGUUCUAGGUGUGAAUCUACAUACUAUUGUUCACGCGAUUGCCAAGUUGCUGACUGGGUGAAACACAAGGAACUAUGUCAUCAUUUCAAAACAUUGUAAAUCACUUACUUAGAAAUUACUGGAUUUUCACGUUAUGUAUUCUUCAAUAAACACUCUUGCGAUUACUUA